GUUGUUUAUUGCUGGUGGUCGUUGUUGUUGUUGUUGUUGUUGUUUUUGGUGAGGCUAUUUGUCUCGAGGAAGAGGGGGUUAGGGGGUUCGAUCCGGGAUCGCGGUGCCCCGCGGCGGACCGAGCGGCGAUGUCAGGGUUGGUGGGGCACGGGGAGGCGCAGCGAGUCGGGGGAAUCCUCCUCAAGGUGAAGGAGGACCUGGUAAAGCUCAGGGACGGGCUGACGCACAUCCGCAUCCAUGGCGACGGAGAGGUCAUCGACAUUCAGGCCCUGGAUUCGGCCAUCCUGAAGACGGAGACAAGGAUCCAGUGCUACGCGGAGGAGUGCCUGGACUCGCUCAACAGCCAGGUGCUCACGCUGCCUUCCCUCGACGAGACGGGCACGCAACGCGAGGCUUUCAUCCAAAGCGACCCCCUGAGCGAGGCCCUGAGGACUCUACGGAAGCCAUCAACGGGACGGGAGGGUCGCGCGCUGGAGUCACAUAGCUCGCCCGGAGUCCGCCUGCGGCAGGCGAUGGAGGCGAGGAUUCUGUCGGACCCCGAGAACCCCCAGAACAGACCGCUGUUGUGGGACACGUACGGCAUCCAGCUGCCCACCGUGCGGAGGCGCGAGGCUCAGCUUCUUCCCGGGAGGCUUCUGAAGAGGGGAAUUCCCGAGCCCCUUUCUGGCCGCCCGCCCCUCCACAGAGGGCCCAUCUCUCUGCCUCUGCCUCCCAUCCCUGAUAAGGAUGGCCGAGGAGGCGGCGAACACCUGGGAGGGCCGCGUUUGGAAGCGUCGUGGACGCAGCCGCCCCAGGGCAGCUCCUCGGCUCCCCUGCCGACGUCGCGCCGAGGCCAGCGAUUGGCUCGCGCGAGGACUCAAGAGCCGUCCCGGGAACCAGCGCCAGCAGAGCCAUCGCAGCUGCAGCCCACGACUCCGGCCUCAGAGCAGUGGCACCGGCUGGUUCUACGCGACGGCCGCGUGGAUCAGACCGCCGGAGACUUUUCCGAAUUCCAGAAGCUGCACCGCACGGCGUGGGGGCCCAUCUCGUCGACGCUCCGCGGCAUGGAGGGCCUGCUCGCCAACGCCGCUAACGCCGCUGCCGCCUCCACACCCUCUUUGUCUUCAUCAUUUCCGCCGCCGUUGCCUGCCUCGCGAGCCGGUCUGGUGGCGGUGCUGCGCGGGGAGCGCGUGGCCCAGGUGGCACAGGAGCUGGAGCUGGGGCUGCAGAGGCGCAGGGUGACGGAGCGUGAUCUGCUGUUCGCGGCCGAAAAUCCGGACUCACUCUUGCCCCUGCUGGGGCGAGGGUUCAGGAGCCCGGGCGGGCACGACCGGGCGGCCACGCGCAUCCAGGCGAGCUGGCGCGCAUUCCUCGCUCGCCGUCACUUCGAGCGCCACCGGCGUCGGCGCUGGGCGGCCGGUGUGGUCGCCGUCGCGUGGAUGCUGCGUGUGCAGCGCGGCCGCGUCCGCCGCUCGCUCGCUCAGAGGCGGCAAGCGCAGCUCGAGAACUUCCGCACGCGCGCGCAGUAUCUCGCAGAAAACUGGAAACGCAUCCAGAGUUCAAGAAGGACCAUCAUCCACAUCCCAUCGCUGGGUUACUCCAAGCACCUCCGUCGUCGCCUCAAACACUUUGAUGUCCUGCAGAACCUGCAGAUGGGCCGUCUCUGUGACAUCAAAGAUCCCAAUGUGGACGUGAUCUACGUGAGCCCCGUGCCGCUGAGCGACGAGGUGCUGCACUACUACGAGCGGCUGCUGGGGCUGUCGGCAUCCGGAGGGGACGGGACGGGCCGCUACACCAUCAUCGUCCCUGAUGCUGUGGUCCGCUUUCCCCAGCUGCCCCUGUCCCUGGCGAGCCUGCUGGAGUACAGCCCCGGCACGCUGCGGCGCAUCCGCGCGCUGGUGAGCGGCCGCGAAGCCUACGUGGUCCCGGGCGGUGCCGGCGAGGCCGACCUGGCGGUGGCGGACGAGCUGGGCUUACCCGCGCUGGCGCCGGAGCCCACCGUCGCCCGCCUCUGUGGCUCCAAGUCAGAGGCCCGACGCAUCUUCUCCAGCGCCGGCGUGGCCACGCCGCCCGGCGAGGAGCACAUCCGGUCGAUGCCGCAGCUAGUGGAGAGCCUGUCGCGGCUCGUGGCCGCCCACGCUGGUGUGCGGUGCUGGCUGCUCAAGACGGAGGAGGGCCCGGGUGGACGCGGCACGGCGAGCUGCCCCGUGGCCCAGCAUCUGCCCUGCCACCGCUGGGUGCUGAGCGAGAGCCGGCGCUACGGCUCCGAGCAGUGGAGGCAUCGCUGGGCACAGGAUGCGGCGGUGGCCAGGAUCGCUCAGGAGCUGCCGGAGCUUCUGGAGACGCACUGCGUGCUCGCGAGCAACGACCUCUACCCCGACUGGGCCUCCUUCAUCCAGGCCUUCCUCUGCCACGGAGGCGUGAUCGAGGCUUGCCCGCCAGGCGACAGCCUCACCUGCCUGACGGUGGACCUGCUGCUGGAGCCCUCGGGGGACGUGGCGGUGCAGGCGUGGGGCGACCAGCUCGGCGGGCGCCCCGUCACCCCCGCGCUGCGCUGCUGGGGCUCGUCGCUCCCGCAGAGCUCCGUGGAGCCGGGCGCCCUUCACGAGCUGGUGCGGCGCGUGGCGCAGGCGUGCUGCGGGCACGGCUUCGUCGGGCACCUGUCGGUCGACUUCGUCACCUUCAUCGACCCCGAGAGCCUUCAGCAACAGGUUUGGGCGUUGGACCUGGACGUGGGUUACAGCGAUCAGUUGGCCAUGACGCGCCUCAUGGAGUUCGUGACGGGCGGAGGGCUGGAUUGGCGCGACAGCAUCUUCUCCGUGCCGUCGGAGCCAACCCCGGAGUCCGGCGCCAUGCUCCUACAUGGGGACAGAGCCAAGAGGUCUCCUCCAGCGAGCAGGCGCUACGCGGUGACGAGCACCCAGCUGGUGCACUCCAACCUGGCGCUGCUGCACUACAGCGUCUUCUUCAAGAUGUGCCGUGCGCACGGCAUCGGCUUCGACGUCAAGGAGCGGCAGGGAACCGUCUUCACCCUCAUCCACGGGCAGCGACGUGAGCGGCUCGGGAUGAUGGUGAUCAUGGACGAUCUCCAGGUUGCGCUGAUGACUUUUGCUCAAAACCUCGCACUCAUCCACCAGCAGAUCUCCUCCGCCGAUAUGCAAGGGGAGACGAAUUUUAAGGAAGCUGUGCAGGAAAUUGAGUCAAUUCUGGGCAUCACAGUGCAGAACUGGGACAGAGAGGAAAAGGAGCGGGAAAGUGGUGGCCAGCUUGCUGACCACACGAAGGCCACCACCACCGUGACUGCCACCGCUGCUGUCACAGAGGCCCUGUGAGCCAUCGGUUGAGGAUGCGAAGGUGGACAGAGAGGGAAAUCCUUUGUCAAGAAAAGCAUGCCCUCAGGUGGCUAAGCGCUGACCUCCUACGAGCAAAGGCCUAAUGAAAGAUGGGGCAAUAGGCAGCGACGUAUGUGGAAAGGGAUUAUAGUGAAAGACUUGUACUGUGCCACUCGCUAUUUAAUCCCAAGUGCCAGAAGGGUUUGUUUAGCUCCAUGAUUGUGCAUUGACGAUUUGGCCAUUUAUCUACAGAAUGUGCCAAAUGUGUAUGUGUCUCAUUUUUACAAAUGGUGAAUGUUUCUUUUUUUGAUUGAAAGCUUUCGUGACUGCAGGGAUUCAUAUUCUUGGUUCUUUCGGUAAAGUCACGUAGAAGGGAAACAAUAAAAUAAUAAAAAUAUGAAACAAUAAAAUUCUCACGACGUUUCGACUGCAACACAAGCAAUCAUCAUCAGGUGUGAAAACCACAACAAGAAAAUUUGCAAAAAGUGGCGGUUAUUUUUAACAUGACUUUACCGAAAGAACUAAGAAUAUGAAUGUUUCUUUUUCAAGUAUUUUUAAUUACAUUUAGAAAUAGGAAUUAUGGUUUAAAAAAAUCUGGUAAGGAACAUUUCACAUCGUUCAUAAAGUAGCCGCUAUACUUUAUUACUUUGUAUUAGUCGUCCGGCUUUUCUACAUGGUAAUUUCACUGUAGGACCGUUCAUCAUUAUUUGUGAGUUGUUUUCAAUGUAGUACAGGAAGCUUUACAUUUCAUAAGCAGCUGCACUGUUACACAAUAAUACUCACGUGUAAGGACUGUAGCUGCCAAGGCAUGUGUUUGUCGUGUAUAAUAGCGCAAUGGGGGAGCAGUUGCAAAAUGAUUAACAAAAUGCAAUAUAAACCCGUAAACCCAGAGUUUGACUCCUUGGCUAGCAUCAGUGGCAAGUUAUAACUGAAGCAAUCUUGACCGCCCCCUUCAUUAACCCGCACUGAUCAGCUUGGGAAGAAUUAAUGAUCAAACAAUCCCAUGUGGGGAAGCCUUAAUCCAGCAGUGGAUUGACAGAGGGCUGAAAUAUAGUAUUGUUGUGAUAGUACUACUUUUGUCCCUGGUAUUUUCACGUUGAUAAAACAAGUUUCUGUUCCCAAAAACACGUAUUGUAAGUUUGUUGGUUUGUAGUAUGCGAGUGAACGUUGCCGGAUUGUGGUAUUGUCUGCUGGUAGUGGCGAUAGAAUGUGUAACAAAAUAUUUUUUGUUCCUCAGUGUUAUUUACUAAUUGCUUAUGCCUCAAAAGUACAGAAAAUUGCUAUUAUUCCCAACAGAAUUUGCUUUUGUGACCAGGACAGUGAUAUUUUGAAAUGUACCUAUUUUCAAUGAGAAAACGUGGUGUGCAUUUGUGUCUUUCGUUUGCACAAAGUCCUGGUCACAAAAGCAAAGUUUGCGGGGAAUAAUAGCCAUUUUCUAUAGUUUUUAGGCAUAAUCAAUUAAAAAGUAACACUUACUACCCAGGGACAAAAAUCGUGUUACAUAGUGUAUAAUCAAAAGAUGGAGAUGGAUAAAUGUGUUUCUUGUCAUCCGUUGUAUAGCAAUGUCAUAAAGCAUUAGUUGCUGACAUGUCUCUGCAAUGGGUGUCAAAGCUAAAUACAACCAACUCGCUGAUCACACAGUGUCCGUGUAAAUUUUUUCAUAAGUGUCAUUUGCCGAAACAUAAAAAGGUUUGAAUUUUCCAGAUCAAAAUGUGAGUCACCUGCUUUCAAACCACACAGGCCUGAGCUGGGCCCGAUGCAUGUCUCGGUGAAUGUUCCUUUCUCGUCCAAUUUUCGGCAAAAGACAAUCUCAUGUCUCCAUCACCAGCAUCCGGCAAAUCUCCAAGGUGAUGCGAUCUGUUUCAGCAACCCUGUAAGCGUACCCUUCGUCAACGUGGGAGCCAUACAAAACCUCAUGGGAGGGGCACAACACGGGUCAAUAUUAACCUUUAACUAAAUGUUAAAUGCUAAAACAGAAUGACCAACGAUCUGCUUUUGUCUGUCAUGCAUUCUGCUCUAGUUCUCAACCCCAGAUGUAAAGGUCGCAUAAUUAUUUUCUAGUUUGACUUUGAGAAUUUAUAAGGCGGCAGAACCUUCAACAGGCACGCGUGUGUGUGGGGGGGGGGUCUCAGCUACACUCCAUCCUCCCCAAUGCUACAAAGCCACGUGUUUAUGUCAAGGUGUCAAUCAGGCCUUAUGUCGUGAUGUGUAAGCUUUCCCCUGUGUGUAGAAGCCUCCAAAACCGAAAUAUGAAACACACCCAAUGGUGCAAUCUAUAGAUUUUGUAGAUACAGUAAUACACAGUAUUCGAGAGUGACUACGGUAUUCCGCGGGGACGUGUCAAUGUGUACAGAUAGGGGGGCCGUACCGUCUAAGUGGACGUUUGGCUGAAGUGCUCAUUGGAGAGAUGCUCAGCCUUCAAAUUGUGCUCAGUGCUCCAUCGGCCACAGAUCCCCAUGGAAGAUGAUGCAUAGCUCCCUUACGAUAACGCCGUCAAAUCUACUGCUCAGCCCUCCUCAUAACCCUCAUCAUUAGAUUACCUAUAGCUGUGUGUCACUUGAUGUUACCGAACUCCGCACGCCUCGUGAUAUUUAAACCGACCUUGGGCCCUCCCUUCACCAACAUGCAUUUACUAGCGUGGUGAAGUAUGGUCAAACAAUAAUAGCCCAUGACUGACACGGUGUUUGGAGGCCUUCAUCCAGCAGUGGAUCGACAAAGAGCUCUUAUAUUCUUGGUUCUUUCGGUAAAGUAACGUAGAAGGGAAAUAAUAAAAUAAUAAAAAAUAUAACAAUAAAAUUCUCACGACGUUUCGAUUGCAACACAAGCAAUCGAAACGUCGUGAGAAUUUUAUUGUUUAUUAUUAUUUCAUUAUUUCCCUUCUACGUGACUUUACUGAAAGAACCAAUAAUAUGAAUCCCCGCAGUCACUAAAGCUUUAAAUCUACAAAGAGCUCUUGAUAAAAUUAUGCUUCUGUGUUGUUAGUAUUUAACUCUCACCCGGUUACAUUUGCUGCCACUCUUCUUCUUCAUGUUUGCAGUGUUGACUCCUUAGUUUGCACCUAUGAACCUGAGGUAUGCCCCACUAACCAUCAUCAGCCAUAACUCAUCGCCAAGUCGUUGCCAUCUCCCACGAUCCUGCAACGAUCUGUCUAACGCCUGCUCACGAGCAUGAUUUUGUCGCUCCAUCUCUUCGACGUUGCGAUACCUCCGACGUGUGUUCCUUCUCCCUGCCUGAAUCACAGGCCAUCAUCCAUCAACCCUUCUAUCGGUGUGCCGUGGCCAAAGCCCCACUCACUUUUGCUCAAUGUCAUGUCCCUGACUUGUGGUUGUGUUCUCUAAUCCACGUGUACCUCGUUUCUGUCUCGGUGUAACUCCAAGCAUGGACUUCUCCCAGUGGCGUAGCUGCAUUAUCAAGGUCAGGUGGGGCCCCAAAUAUUUCAUUUGUCUCUCGCGGUGGUUGUCAAAGGGGGCCCCAACUCUGAGCUUUGGUCGUCAGCGGGAGCCAAGGCACUCCCUGCCCCCAACCUCGUUAUGCUACUGACCUCACCAUGCUUCUGUGGUGUUGUAAUUACGGACGAAUAAACUUUUUUAUGAGGCA